CUACAUUUAUAUGAUUCAAUUGUCCCAACUCGGUCCCAUCCCCAUCUUUCUUCUUCCUUGUUUCUCUCUCUCUCUCUCUCUCUCGAAUUUCUCUUUCGCCAAACAGGAAGCAAAAAUGGGUUACCUGGAUUAUCUUGCAGACUUAUGCAGUGUUACGAGCACAAGGAAAGGCAAGCGCAAAGUAAUGCAGACAGUUGAUGUCAAGGUAAAAAUGGACUGUGAUGGCUGUGAGAGGAGGGUCAGGAAUUCUGUUUCUUCCAUGAAAGGAGUGAAAACAGUAGAUGUGAACAGGAAGCAGAGCAGGGUAACAGUAAGCGGGUAUGUGGAGCCAAACAAGGUGUUAAACAAAGUGAAGAGCACAGGAAAGAAAGCAGAGUUUUGGCCAUACGUUCCCUACAAUUUGGUGUCAUACCCUUACGCCCCUCAAGCUUAUGACAAGAAGGCACCCUCUGGCUAUGUUAGGAACGUGGUCCAAGCCUUCCCCAACAACCCUAACGCCCCCACUGAUCAUCUCACCACUCUUUUCAGUGAUGAAAAUCCUAAUGCAUGCUCCAUUAUGUGAUCACCCGGUCUGACUCAAUCCACAUUUUAUAGAAAUUGGGGGAUCUUUAAUGGUGUAAUCUUUUGGAGCUGGGGGGGGUGUUUGGUUGUGAAAUCUGGAUUGAGACUCAGAGAGAUGCACAAGUUAGUCAUAGGUUGUAUUGUAUUUUCAAUUAGUUGGUUUUGAGUUUUUGGAAGGCAAGUUUUGAAUUAGGUGCUUUUGAGUUUGUAUGAAUAUGAUCUGUAUUUUUAUAUUAUAUAAGGAAAAAAAAGUUUUAGUAAGGA